AUGACCAUUCCCGUCUCAACAAUAACAUCCUUCCGAACCGCCUUCUCCCCUUUCUCUCCUCUAGGACGACCAUGCAGAAUCCUCCUCAAUCUUCUCCAAAACCCAUCUACUGCGCCCACAAGUAGCGCAACACACAUCGACAUCAAAGUCUCACAUUUACCGAGGAACUCGACGCAAUUACCCGAAUGCACGAUUGGGUUCAAAGGUGGCAAGGAGAUUAAGUUGGAAAUUGGCAAACGGAACAUGAAGAUUGGGGAUGUGUUGGAUGAGAUUGCGAGAGUUGGGCGGGUGGUUGAGAGGGAGCAGAGUUUGAAGGGUUGA